UGAAAUUGCGGGUUGCAGUCACAGAUUAUUCAAGUAAGCACUCACGUGUUGGUCAGAGUUUCGUGACUUAGAUAUGGAUCCUCAAUUCGCUUCUAACAAGCGUAUCCGAAAGCACUCAUUCGUGCGAAAAGAGGUUUUGUUUCUGGGAGACAGCAGACAAGAGUCAAGUGUUGAGAAGAAAACCUCACUCCGGCCAGAUAGACGUGACAAGGUAGUGCCACAUAAGGGGCAUCCUGUCCAACAAGGCUCAGGAAGUUCUGGCGCCAAAGUCCAAACGGAUCCGCCUAUGGAUCCUCAAUUCGCUUCUAACAAGCGUAUCCGAAAGCACUCAUUCGUGCGAAAAGAGGUUUUUUUUUGGGAGAAAGUAAAACAGCGUCCAUUUGUGAGGAGAAAAAUACCAGAGCACCAUCAAGUAGUCAUAAGAUUGGAAAAUGUUAAUCCAGUUAGGAUGACUGUUGUCUGUCGAUUUCGCCGUUGUAUGUACUAAGGUGAAUCCGAUACCUGUGAAUGUGGUGAUCAACCCGGAUUAUUUGUCGCUUAUGAAAGGAAAGAGGCUUAUGGAGAAACAUAUAUGUGCUGUGUACGCAGUUGGGACCUACUGAGAGUAACGGAGGACUACUCAUCUGAGCUAUCUGUACAUCUAAAAUCUAAUUUUUGUUUAAUAAACAAUUUUUCAAUG